AUCGCUUUGAGGAAAGGUGCAUCACGCCAGGCAAACGUACCCGCUGCGCCGCCUUCUACUGGCACGUCGGACCCAAAAAGAUCCAUCAGAUCCGUCUGCUCAGAUAAAUUGAGACGUGUCAAUGGUUUUCCAAUGGCCUUCGCGAGUGCGGUUACAAGUGUAGUUUUGCCCACACCGGGAUUUCCUUCCAGUAAAAUUGGCUUGGGCAAUUGCAGAGCGCGUACCACUCGCAUGGCGUUAGAGCGUGUAGUUGGAGCUUCAAGCGCAAAGUUGGACGCUUGUGACGCUGCUGAUGAGAACUUCGGGAUGGAGAAGGCGCCUAAUUGA